AUGCCCGAUCAGAAGACUGCUCCCAAGAAGGGCGCUAAGAAAGCGCUGCCGAAGCCAUCAGGCAAGUCCGGCAAGAAGCGCAGGAGGGUGAGGAAGGAGAGUUACGCCAUCUAUAUCUACAAAGUGAUGAAGCAGGUUCACCCCGACACCGGCAUCUCCUCCAAGGCCAUGAGCAUCAUGAACUCGUUCGUGAGCGAUAUUUUCGAGCGGAUCGCUGGCGAGGCUUCCCGCCUAGCCCAUUACAACAAGCGAUCGACCAUCAGCUCUCGGGAGAUCCAGACCGCCGUGCGCCUGCUGCUGCCCGGGGAGCUGGCCAAGCACGCCGUGUCGGAGGGAACAAAGGCCGUGACCAAGUACACCAGCUCCAAGUGAAGAGUGCCGCCAAAACAAACCGAAAACCCAAAGGCUCUUUUAAGAGCCACUCACUAUUUCAGUAGCAGAGCUGCUUAUUGAGCUGAUUAAUAUUAUAUC